UCUCUCUCUCUCUCUCUCCUGUGGGACCCGCAAAACUUCCAUGGAGGCAUGACUCACUAGUGGGGCCCAACAAAUAACAGGCCCCCCACGCACACAUUACCUCUGCAGGCCGUUAGUGCAAGUAAAAUACCAAGAAAGCCCCUGCCAAAUAUUCUUGUCAACAAACAUUUCUUUUAACUUCCUCAACAACAAAAAACCACUUGUUUCAAACAUUUGUAUGUUUGCCUCACAACAAACAAAUCAAGCAACAUUUUGCAUUCAGAUAUUGUACUGAUGCUUUAAUUCAGAAAUGGGGAAAAGAAGGGCUUUGAUUUAUGCAGUGCAGAAAGCUGUCACUUGUGAAUCCAAACAAAAGAGAGAAAAGAAAAGUCGAAAACCGAGAAGAUGGUUCGGAAAGCGGAGGAGGAGCGUCGAUAUGAAUUCUGCGAGAGCGGAAAAUGCGGCGGUGGUGGUGGUUCCUUUAGCGCAUUCGCCGAUGGAGGAUGUGAAGUUGAUCGAAGCUGAGAAUGAACAGAGUAGGCACGCUUACUCCGUUGCUCUCGUGACCGCAAUGGCUGCCGAGGCGGCUGUUGCCGCUGCUAAUGCCGCCGCGGAGGUUGUCCGACUCAGAUCUACCGCCGGUGUUCCCGGCAAGUCGAUGGAAGAGACGGCUGCUAUCAAGAUUCAGACAGCUUUCCGAGGUUACUUGGCAAGAAGAGCAAUGAAGGCUUUGAAAUGUUUCGUGAGGCUAAAAUCGUUGAUCGGAGGUCAAUCGGUCAAACGUCAAUCAACCGCCACCUUGAAAUGCAUGCAAACACUAGCUCGUGUGCAAUCCGAAGUUCGUGCAAGAAGAAUCAGAAUACCGGACAAAAACUCGAACUCGAACCAAAUCGAGCACAAUCGUGAAAAGGAGCUCGACAAAUCAAGGAUGGGAGAGAAUUGGGAUGCCAGCACACAGUCAAAAGAGCAGAUUGAAGCACAUCUUCAUUAUAAGCAAGAGGCUGCUUUGAGAAGGGAGCGCGCAUUGGCUUAUGCAUAUUCGCACCAGCAAACAAGGAGAAUGUCAACAAGCCCGGCAAAUCAAACAUUCGUUGACCCAAAUAACCCGAACGGGGGUUGGAGUUGGCUAGAGCGAUGGAUGGCCGCCCGCCCGUGGGAAAACGAAAACGGAAACGCCGUCCAAAAAGAAAGUAACAUAGACGCCGUUUCGGCAAAAAGCGGGUCGACUCGAUCCGUUUCCGUCCGUGGGGAAUCCAAGAUCCAAUCUCCUAAUACCCGAAAGCAAGCCCGGCCCAAAUCAAAACACACCCGUAAAGUCAGACCUCUAAGCCCGAGAUCUGGGGCCGCCGGCUCCCCCUACGACGACGAUGGCGAUUCUAGAAGUAUGAACAGCGCACAAUCGGAACUAUACCGGAGGAGGAGCGUCUGCGGCGGCUCGUCGGCGAGAGACGACGAGAGCCACACGAGCUCACCCUCGGCGGUCCCGAGCUACAUGGCUUCGACGGAAUCCGCUAGGGCUAAGUCGCGGCUCGGAACACCCGAGAAAUCGUCCGUUUCGGGCGGCGGCUCGGCCAAGAAACGGCUGUCCUAUACCGGCUCGCCAGCUGGCGGGAGGAGGGUUUCUGGUUUGGCCAAGACAGAGUACUGAUAAUUUGUUUCUUCAUUCAAAGAGUGUUUUAGUUCAAAGGUGUUGUUUGCCAUUGUUAAGGUUUGUUUUUUCUUGGGAGUUGCUUUUUUUUUCGUGUGAUUAUUAUGCUGAUGUUAACUACUUUGUGUUGUGUGUAUAGUGUAAGUAUGAUCUUUUACUUGUUCAUUUCUCUCUGUAAUUUUUUUAUAUGUACUCAUGUAAGAAAAUGCUACAACUCAUUUGUGAUUCUAUGUUGUCUUUUGAUGCAAUUUUUGUUUUUUUU